GAAAAAUAAACCACAACAACAGGAAAUGUCUAGAGAAUUAUCGUCAAGGAUUUGCAUAGAUUUAGAUCAACAUCUGAGAUUUAACAUAAUGAUGCUAGUACAAGCGGUACUAGAACUAGUGAGCGACGUGCCUUGCAUGUAAGAAACGCAGCGUCGUGCUAAGAUGAAUCGGAGCGAGAUUCACCUCUGUACGUCGGAAGCACGAGCGAAGACACAAGCGCCAUGGGCAUGGUCGCAAAGAAAACAGCGCAAGAACUAUUUCGAGUAUGCCUAUGGCCUCUACCUUCGUUCAUGAAAAACCUGCGCACACAUGUACUGCUUUAUUUGGGAAGGGAACAAGAUUGGAUAUUGAGUCAACGUCGUCUGUUUGUUACUACUAG